UUGAAUUUUUAUUAUUUUAUUUAUAUUUUAUUGUACUGUUGCACUGUAUUAAAAAUUAAUAUCAUUAACAAAUCAUAUUUCGGUAUUGUAGAUUGCCAAGUUCUUUGGGGUAUAAUAUAUAAAAUGGAAAUUUGUAUUUUUCUAUACUAUUAUAUACUUUAAAAUUUAACUUCAAUAAUGGAAUAAAAUAUUUUUAAAAACCGUUCAACGCUGUUAGAUGUUAAAACUGUCCUGUAAUAAUGAACGAAACAAAUGAAACUGAUAUACGAUUUGUCCAAACUUUUCAAUUUUCUUUUUCAACCAUAAAAAUUCCUGGCCAUUAUAAAAUUGAAGUGCCUAUUGAUAUUCCAUUUGAUGGUAAUAUUAUUGAACUAGCACACAGAAUUGUAAGUGGAUUCCAUUUACCUAUUUAUAUUGUAGAAGAUGUGGUAAAAGAGUUAGAAACUUUUAUUGAUGACUCUACAAUUAAGUUAUAUGAUCGUCAAACUGCUGAUGCGAUAGACUGCAUUAAAAAUGAGACUGUAGAGGUAGAAGAUAUUGUCAAAUACUGGGAAAAAGCGUUUAAAGAAGAAACUUUAUCGUAUAGUGACAAUAAAGGACCUAGUAAUGAUCAAUUAUUUGCUACUGCAUUUCAUAAAUUGGCCCAUUCAGGCCCAUCAUUAGAUGCAAUACUUCAUAUAGAAUAUGGUUAUGCUCAAGCUGUAAAAGAUAUUAUAGCGAGAAAGACUAGACAAGUGCUGUCACUAAUAAAAGGUCAAACUGAUGAAAUGAAUUAUGCAAUGGAUGGGUUGAAUAAUUAUAGUACAGAAGAUGAUAUUAAUGCUUUAGCAUUAAAACAUUUUGAUGAUCAAACAUUAAUUCAAGGUAAAUGGAAUAGUAAACUAGAUACAUUAAAGCAAGAACAACGUACUGGAUAUAGAGAAUGGAUUAUGAAAACUGUAGAAGAAAUGCGAGGAACUGAAGGCCUCUAUUCACCCAUGGGGAACUCUCCAAUUGGAUCAAUAUCUAAUGAGUUCACCAUUGCCAAUUCAUCUCUUUACGACAUAGAAGAAAGUUUUACUAUUCACCUUGGGUCCCAGAUGAAAUCUACACAUAACAUUCGUAUUAUGUCAGCAGAUACAUUAAAUCUUUUAAGACUCACGCUAGAUGAACAAGGUAUAAUAAUGCAUCAUCCACAAAGGUUACAAACAGUACUUGAACUUUAUUCACAUGAUCUCAAAGGUCUUGUAUUAUUUACUGACACAAAUAACUUAGAUUUCUACUCUGGUUUAGCUAAAGAGUUUUUUGAUAUUUGCGAAAAUAGCACAGAUUUUCAUUUUGCUUCACUUCAAGAUCAAUUAGAAAUUAUUAAAUCAGAUUUGAAAGCUGCUGUAGAAGACCGUAAAUGUAAUGGACCCGUUAGUAAUUUUUUAUCACCAGAAUUACAGGCACGUCGAAAUAAAUCAAAAUUGUUACAAUGUGGUGAUGUUUUCAUUACAAAACAUUCAAAUCUUGCUUCUAUACAUCUUGUAUUUCAUAUGGUUAUAGAUGAUUCUUUAAAAUCAGCUGAUAUUAAUUCUAGACAUCCUGUGAUUUUGGGUUUAAGAAAUAUAUUGAAAGCUGCUUGUUCCUAUGAUAUAACAAUGCUAACUAUACCGUUAUUUUUAAAUCAUGAAAUGACUGAAGAUAUGACUGUUCCUUGGUGUCAAAAACGAGCUGAAUUAGUUUUAAAAUGUGCUAAAGGGUUCAUGAUUGAGUCUGUAUCUUUAGGUGGAUCAGAAUUAAAAACGAUUCAGUUUUUAGUACCAAAAGGUAUAUCAGAGGAAGUAUUUGGAAUACUUGCAACAAUGGUGCCAACAAUAUUUAGAGUAUCAACACCACUUGUUUUUAACUCAUCAGAACCUGAUCAAAGUCUUUUAAUCAAGAGUAAAAAAAAAAAACAAAAAAACAAAUAGGUCUGU